AUGUCACGCCACCCCCAACAAGACGUGCAUGAGCUCUCGCUUCGUGACCCCGAGAGAUACUGGUCUCACCACGCAGAGCAACUCUACUGGCAUCGGAAGCCUUCGCGGGCCAUUGCCCGCCAGCUCAAGACACUCCCUAGUGGUGUCACCCAUGACCAUUGGUCAUGGUUCCCGGAUGGCGAAAUCUCCACUACGUACAAUUGUGUCGAUCGCCAUGUGCAGAGUGGGAAGGGUGAUAAUGUGGCGAUUGUCUGGGACUCCCCAGUCACAAAUACUAAAGAGAAAUAUACCUACCGGCAAUUGUUGGAUGAGGUUGAGGUUUUGGCGGGUGUGUUGAGGGAGGAGGGCGUUAGGAAGGGGGAUGUGGUUAUCAUCUAUAUGCCUAUGAUCCCCGCUGCGCUUAUCGCAGCAUUGGCCAUCGUCCGUUUGGGCGCUAUCCAUGCAGCGGUUUUUGGUGGGUUCGCGGCCAAGUCCCUCGCCCAGCGGAUCGAGGCUGCUAAACCCCGGGCCAUCAUGACGGCGUCAUGUGGCAUCGAGGGAUCUAAGGGUCCUGUGUCUUACCGGCCGUUGGUCGAGGGGGCUGUACAGGCGAGCAGCUUCAAACCGGAAAAGGUUAUUGUCUGGCAGAGGGAUCAAUUGCGAUGGAAUAACCCGGAUAAACUGGGUGGCCAGCGGAACUGGCAGCGGUUGGUUAAAAGUGCUCGCAUGCGUGGCAUCAAGGCUGGUCCGGUGCCGGUGAAGAGCACAGAUGGUUUGUAUAUCAUUUACACCAGCGGCACGACUGGGCUCCCCAAAGGAGUGUUCCGAGAAGCAGGUGGACAUGCGGUUGGACUUGAACUCUCGAUCAAGUACCUGUUUGACAUUCACGGCCCUGGUGAUGUCAUGUUCUGUGCUUCUGAUAUUGGAUGGGUGGUGGGCCACUCGUACAUCCUGUACGCACCUCUCCUGGUGGGCGCAACUACGGUGCUCUUCGAGGGGAAGCCCGUAGGAACCCCAGAUCCAGGCACUUUCUGGCGGGUUAUCGAGGAACACAAGGCCAAUGUGCUAUUCACGGCUCCCACUGCCAUGCGCGCGAUCCGUAAAGAUGACCCGGAUAAUCGAUUCUUCAAAGAGGUUGCCCAGCGCGGCGGUCUCAAGCACUUUAGAGCACUCUUCCUUGCUGGCGAGAGAAGCGAGCCUAGUAUUGUACGAGACUAUCAAGACCUCUUAACCCAGCAUGCAGCUCCGGGUGCUCUGGUCGUUGACAACUGGUGGUCAUCCGAGUCAGGUUCCCCCAUCUCCGGGCUGGCCCUGAGAAGCGCAGUUGGGGCGGUUCAGCAACAGAAACAGCAAAUCCAUGCUCAACCGCUAUCCAUUCGGCCUGGGUCAGCAGGACUACCAAUGCCAGGGUUCGAUGUGCGAAUUGUCAAUGACGACGGCCAUGAAGUACCAAAAGGAACGAUGGGCAACAUCGUCAUGGCACUGCCGCUAGCUCCGACGGCAUUCACGAUGCUGUUCAAUGAUGACGAGAGGUUCUACAAGGGAUACCUCAAGCGUUUCAACGGCCGAUGGGUGGACACUGGCGAUGCAGGAAUGAUUGAUGAUGACGGGUACAUCCAUAUCAUGGCACGAUCCGACGACAUCAUCAAUGUAGCUGCCCAUCGAUUCAGCACAGGAGCAAUCGAGCAAGCCAUUCUCUCGCACCCCCAAGUCGGAGAAGCCAGCGUCAUUGGUAUUCCGGAUUCCCUGAAAGGCCAUCUCCCAUUUGCCUUUGUCCAACCAAGAUCCGGGGCGGGGCCUCUCCCCUCCACGCCGAGCAAGGAACUCUUCACGGCAGUUAACAAUCUAGUCCGAGAGCAGAUUGGGCCCAUUGCCUCCCUGGGUGGAAUGAUCCAGGGGCGAGGUAUGAUUCCCAAGACACGGAGUGGAAAGACGCUGCGGCGAGUGCUGAGGGAAUUGGUGGAACACGGGGUGAGGGGAGUAUAUGAUGCGCCGGUCAGCGUGCCUCCAACAGUUGAGGAUGCAGAGGUUGUGGAGGUUGCAAGGAGGAAGGUCAAAGAGUAUUUUGAAGCACGAAAUGCUGUUAUUGCUAAACCUAAACUUUGA